UUCCACGUUACUUUUUCAAACACACUACAGAAGGAGAGGGAAAAAACAUAGACCAAAACAAAGAAAACCGACAUGGCACCAAAGAAACGUGGAGGAAGGCCACGCGCCACCGUGUUCACCGCCCGAAAAGUGGUAGAAGAAACCGUCUCCGUCGUCGUAACUCCAAUCGCCGGUGAAACUGAGACCGAAAGUCAAACUUUGACUCAGAGUCAACAAACUGAAGAAAAUCAAUUAUUUGAAAUAUUAACUCCACCACCUUCUCAAGAACCAACACCUAAGAGAACCAUUAAUAUUCAAGAAACAUCUACACCACAAACACAGAAGAAAAGGGGCCAACAAAAGAAACCCGACCCGGCCCAGAAGGAACAGGAAAAACAACAAGAAGUAGAUGAAGAUGAAACGCAACCAGCUGAAGAGCCAGAAGAGAUGCCAACACCUCCCAAAAUGGAAGCUGAUCAAAAGAAGGCCCAAAAAAGGAAACCCGACCCGGCCCAAAAAGCAAAAGGAGGAGAAGAAGGUGGUGGAAAGAGGAAAAGGAAGAGAGCUAAAGUGGGUGGAGGAGUAGGACCCAGUGAAGGGUAUAGAAGGUAUGUGUUUAGGGUGUUGAAGCAAGUUCAUCCUGAUAAGGGAAUUUCAUCAAAGGCUAUGACUAUAUUGAAUAAUUUAAUGGGUGAUAUGUUCGAGAGGAUCGCCAAUGAGGCGGCGAUCCUCUCGAAGUACGCGGGCCGUGCCACGUUGGCAUCGGUGGAUAUUCAGGAUGCCGUGAAGUUGGUGUUGCCUGGAGAGCUAGGGAAGCAUGCAAUUGCUGAAGGGACUAAAGCGGUUACUGCUUAUGUCUCUAGUAUUGGCAAGUCCAAGUGAAGUGUGUAGUAUCAUUAGCGCUUUUGUUGUUGGUAUUGGUGUAGUUUCUUACUAAGUAACAUUUAGUUUGUGUUUAGUUCAUUUUAUCCUACUCUUUUGUAGGUGCAUUUGCUUCUUGGGAAGUCACAGCAUGCAAAUUCGGUCUCUUUUUGUGAUCUUUUGUUAUUUGCAUGCUUGUAGAGUCGCUGUGUGGCGAUGCGGAUGUAUUUGAUUACGUUGUUAUCAAAUAUUCAGCCUUUGUUGUA